AUGACCAGACGCAGAGAGUCGUGGUCCUCCACACCAUCCCCUCCCGUUCGCGUCGAAGCCGACACCGUCCACCCCCGUGCAAUGCCAGCCCCAAGUUGGGUUGUCUACUCGGAACCGUCCCGACACAUUCGCGUGGGCGAUGAGCUCUUGCUCCUCUCCGGCAAGGAAGUCAUCUACAUCGGGUGCAUCUUGAGCAUCAUCGCAUCACAAGCGGGCUGGACGUCCUUCAAAACCGCCGGCUUCUGCCAGAAGUUUGCCUACUCACUCACCGGGUACCUCUGCGUGCCGAACAUUUGGGUCGCAAACCCGCCUCCGCAGCGCCUCCCCGGCCUCCUCUCCCGUUGGCGGCCCACUCCUGCUACUGUCCCUUCAUCAUAUUCGUCAGAACUCGCCAACCUUCUUCGCACCAUCGGGACCUACUCACAAUCCAACCCUGAACCUGCGUGGACCUUUCGAGGGCCUUCCCUAAGCCUGGAAGGAGGUGACAUGGACGUCCUGUGGGAGCGGAUGCAGGUGUUUCGAGAGGCCUCGACCAUCACGAACGAGCGCCGUGGUUCAGUCUGA